AACGCUUUUAUAACCGUCACUUCGCUGCAAACACACCGAUGAUCUAGUAGUAUCACCCAGUGCUCUCUCAGAAAGAAAAACAAUGAAGUUUCUAGCUGUCGUUUGUGCUGUUGUAAUUGCAAGCUCUUCUGCCUUGCCUGUCGGUAUAAUAGCGGAUUUUUCACCAGAGGAAACCAGCUACGAUUUCUCUCCCUUUGAGGACGCCCCGACGGCAAGCUUGGAAGACAAAAUUGACAUCACCACUGAAACAGAAGACCAAGUGGAAGAUGACGAAGAAGCCUAUGCAAACACUUUUAGGCUUCUUGAUGCUGUAGUGCUUGACGGAGCGUCUGUGAAGGGCGGGGAAGUCAAGUGGUUUAUUCCGGAGGGCAAGAAAGAAAAGUGUGUUGACGGCGUGAAAGAGAUCCACCCGCGAUGCCGUUGGAGCGGGGUGGUCGCUAAGUCAGACGAGAAGGGAGAGAACAUUGCUUUAAACAAAGAAAAGUUCGUUGUGAUCACAAAAUACUGCAACCGUGCCGGGCUAACCAAGCCAAAACCCAUCAAGGUUAAAUGCUAGAAUCUACCUUAUUGUUGAAGUAUUUGUAGAUAAAAUAAGAUGUAAAAUAAAGUCUAAAUGUGUAAAAUAAAGUGUCGUUUUCAUUCAA